CCCUGACUUCCGGAUUUCCAACCUUCUCUGUAACGGCCAUUCGCGGGAGGGAAGCGCCAAACUCGAAAUUGGAGAGUUCCGUUCAAAAACAGAUAUAGAUGCAUACCAAAUUAAUUAAACAAAGGGAAUAAAUGCAUUUUCAUUUUAUAUCAUUUGGAAUAUGAGACAACCAUGACGGAAACACUUUUCAACAAGAGUUUACAAGUGCAAGUGAAAUGUAAAGAUUGUGAAGACCGGCGUACCAGCGUCCGAGUCAUUAUUGAACUACUACUGACUACAAGUCCGAUACAUAAAAGGGAUUUAGUCGUGCGGUUGACAGACGAUUCCGACCCAUAUUUUCUCUACAACCUUGCCAUUUCAGAAGAGGAUUUCCAAAGCUUGAAAGUCCAACAGGGUCUACUGGUGGACUUCUCAGCCUUUCCACAGAAGUUUAUAGACUUGUUAAACCAAUGCAUUUCAGAACAAGACAAGGACUACCCAAGGUUUUUGCUGCAGCUGUCCUCUCCAUCGUCAGUAUUAGACCAUAGCCCUGCCAGCCUGAAUAUUGUAGAGACCAAUGCAUUUAAACAUCUCACACACCUGUCACUCAAGCUUCUUCAUGGCACAGACCUGGAGAUUAAGAAAUACCUGGCCGUCUGCCUGUCUUGCGUUAAGGAAGAGAAGAGGCUGCUGGAACAGAAGCUGAAGAGGACAGAGGAGGAUUUGACCAGACAGCUCAGCUACACACAGCAGACCCUGGCAGAGAAGAGCAGGGAGCUGGACAGACUACGGUCGGAGUGGUCCUCUCACACAACGGCCUUGUCAAACCAGCACUGUCAGGAGCUUACAGCAGAGCGGGAGAAGGCCCUGGAGAUCCAGACGAAGCUGCAGCAGCAGGGCGAGCAGCUGCGCAGGGAGGUGGAUUCGGCCCACGUGCAGAGCACGCAGCAGCUGCAGAGCAGGCUGGCCGAGCUGGAGUCCUCCAGCAGGGAGCUGACCGAGCACAAGUACAAGAGCGAGUCCGCCAUCCGGGACCUGAAGGCCAAGCUGGCGGGGCUGGAGGAGGAGGCGCACCGGGCCAAGCAGCAGGUGCAGUCCCUGAGGAGGGAGAACGGCACGCUGGACUCGGAGUGCCACGACAAGGACAGGCAGCUCAACCAGCUGCAGACGCGGGUGGCGGUCCUGGAGCAGGAGAUCAAGGACAAGGACCAGCUGGUGCUCCGCACCAAGGAGGUGCUGGAGGCCACUCAGGAGCAGAAGCACUCUGUCGAAGGAAGUGCCGAAAAUAAGCAAGUCCACAUAGGAAGACUGGAGGCCACAGUGAGAUCCCUGUCAGAAGAGCUGAUUAAGGCCAACGGCAUCAUCAAGAAGCUGCAGAGCGAGGCCAAGGCGCUGGUGGGGAAGAUCAAGGUGAAGAACUCGGUGACGGUGUCGCAGGAGAAGCUGCUGCAGGAGACCUCCGAGCGCCUCGGCCGGGAGCAGAAGGAGCUGCAGGACACGCGGCAGCAGCUCCGCAGCAGGGAGGAGGAGGUGGCUAAACUGCAGGAGCAGCUGGAGGCCACGGUCCAGAAGCUGGACGAGAGCCGGGAGGUGCUGAAGACCAAUGAGAACGUCAUCACCUGGCUGAACAAGCAGCUGAACGAGAACCAGCUGAUGAGGAAGCAGGAGGCCCUGGGGGCGUUCGAAACGCCCCCUGCGGUUCCCUCAGCCGCAGGGCUCAGGAUGGGGAACCCUUCCCUUAACAUGGGGCUUGAUAAUAGGUCCUUUCCCUCCGGUGUGGGACAGGGUUACCCCGUCACCUCCACCCUAAACUCCAAGCUUUCCUUCCCCCUGUCCUGCGUGAGCUCGGCCGGCCGACCCGUCUUCGCGUUGCACAACCAGGGCCCCGGACCCAAGGUCCAGUUUAACCCUAUGAGUGCCAAACCCGGCCUGUCCCCUGUGGAGGCGAGGGACGGCAGUCCGUCGGAACAGCACGCCCGCGCCUCCAACAAAGAGAACGGGGAGCCUCAAGGCCUGGAGUCCAAGUACUUUGAGAGACGAGAGGACAGCAUCGCUCUGCGCGGCCUUCUCCCCAACAUGCACUUCAACAGAGAGAUCUCUAAGACGUCUCAGAACGCGGCCGCACCCCCUGCCAGGCCCGGGCUGCACUCCGCCCCCUCUGCGUACUUCCCAGGCUGAGAGCCUGAAGGACCUGCAGCUGGCCCCCCCCUCCGCCCUGCAGCUGGGCCCCCCCGCGCUGCUCAGGAACCGCCAGCGUCUCUGUCCAUCUGCCCCCCAUCUCCCCAUCUACCACUGCUCAAAACCACUUGUCUGUCCUAGAAAUGUUUUUAACGUAUGCAGUGUUUUUUAAAUUAUUAAACAAGUGUUUUUAAAGUGAUUAUUCAAUCAUUUUGCUGCUUGAUCAGUUUUCCCAAUGAAAUUGUUUUGGUUGGUUUGAAAAGCACCUUUAACAUUUAUAUUUACAUUUUGAAAAAAUUCACUUAUAUGUACAAGCCAUAAACCAAUUGGUGCUGUCGUGGUGUGUGCGCGUGCACAUCGCUGGAUUUGAUUGGUCAUGUAACCGUCUGUUAUACGUAGGAGGCAAACCUGCAGAGCACUCGGGCGUGCACGAAGGCCACAGUGCGAGCCCACGAUUCGAAAUGAACGACGGCCCAGCUCCUGCAAAUAUUUGCAUGACAAGUCGGUUCCAACAAAAGCUGCCUUCUGUUUACAAUUUCCAUUCGUUCUUAUGGCAAACAUGUUUACGCAAAGUUCAGACGACACCUGGGCCAAUGUCCCAUCGAUUAUGGAACACGUACUGGUACUUAUGACUGGAUAUUACUUAGGACUGCGUUUGCGAGGUUUGAUCCUGUUCUAAGUGGAGGAAAACUUGACUAUUAGAGCUUUAUUCAAAAGGAAUUAGACAUGGCUUUAUUCCUCUUCCUAAGAAAAAUUGAUCGUUUUUGCAGUGUAAAAAUUGUAUAUAUGUUCUGACAUUAGUGAAAUGAAUCAAUGACACCAGUGUGUGUAUAUGUAUAUUUGUGCACCGAUUCACAAGAAAUGUAAGUAAACUUUUUGGAAAAAAUAAAAACUUGAGUCACAUUU